GGUCCCCGAGAUCAUGGUCGCCCUCUGUCAGUGUCCUUGGCGUGGAUCACGGGCAAGAGCAACUUCACCGGAGCCUGGGUUGACGCCAGGCCGCAGCAGCUGACAUCGAGCGAGCGACGUUCAGCAAGACGACUCGGAGCGCACUGAGGCCUGAGGACCCAGCAGAAUGGACCGAGCGUCGUACAAGGAGGUCGUUACCAAGCGCGGUAUCAAGUACAGCUACUACUCCUCGUCGGGCGACGCGUCCAAACCGACCCUCCUGUUCGUACAUGGCUUCCCAUCGACGUCGUAUGACUGGCGCAACCAGGUCGCAUUCUUCAACCAGGAAGGUUAUUCGAUCAUCGCGCCCGAUAUGCUUGGAUAUGGCGGGACGGACAAGCCGACUCAGACUGCCCUGUACAAGCACAGCGCGAUGUGCGCGGACGUGAUUGAUAUCCUGGAUGCAGAGACCGUAGGAAAUGUCAUUGCGAUUGGGCAUGACUGGGGUGCACCUCUUGUAUCACAUCUGGCUGUGCUUUACCGAGAGCGCUUCCUCGCAUUCGCAUUCCUCGCGGUUGCCUAUUCGCCAUCGUUCGUGGGCUUCAAUUAUGAGAACGUCGUGGCCGCUGUCAAACAGGCCAUAGGUUACGAGGUUGUAUACUGGCGGUUCUUCGUCGAGGAGGGCACCGAUCAGAUCAUGAAGGACCACUUUGAGUCCACGCUCGGGCUCAUUCACCCCGCAGACCCCUCUAGCUGGAAGGAAGACCUCUGUGCACCUGGAGCACCUAAAGCCGCCCUUCUCGCGAACAAAAGGAUGCCGGUAGCUUCGUAUAUUACCCCAGAGGCCAGACUGAACCUAACAGACAUGAUCGCCAAACAAGGGCUGGGCGGUGCACUGAACUGGUACAAGGUAGUCUUCAGUGGUCUCGCCGCAGAGGACGACCAGGGUGAGAUCACUGCUUCACCGCUCUCCUACCGAACUUCUUCCGCUAAUGAGCUAGCUAUACCGCCGGAGCGGCUCCCGCUCCCGCUUCCGGUAUUCUUCGCUAGCGGGAAGCAGGAUUGUAUUAAUCCGCCUGCGCUCGCGCUGGGGCGAUGGACGCAGCUCUGUCCGGAUCUGACCGUGAAGGAGGUCGAUGCCGGCCAUUGGUUGCAGCUGGAAGCCCCGGAUGUCGUCAAUACGGCAUUGAAGCAAUGGAUCAAGACUGUGGAGAACAAGGCGAAGUUGUAAACUACGGAAGGGGGAUGUGAGGUUACUUGUAGCUGUGGGUUCGCGACAAGUUUAGUACCGGAGAGAUCAAAUGUAACAUAUAUCAGGCAGAAACAUGCUCGACCGACGUGCGUUGCCGUGACCAUGCUUGCAAUGCAGCAGACGAGGGCGACUUUCGGAAAAGGCGCCAACGGAUGCGGUAGUGAAGAUCCUGCGCUUAGAACAAUUUCGCACAGGUCUUGUCAACCCGCUUCGAUUUAGAGCUCGUUGUGAAAUGGAAACGCCGAGCGUGCCUA